CGAGCACAGCAGGACACAGCCAACCACACCAGCCGCAAGCAGCGUGAUAAAACUACCGCUGCUCAUCUUGCAAUUUUCUCUGCUGCUGCCAUUGAAGCCAUAUAUUUCUUAAAUUCAGAAUCCGAACCAUGAAGACACAACAUCUUUGGUCUGCCGCUAGACCAUUGGCCUCUUUGGCCACGACUGCGCCUCGUAGCAUUCAGAUCCGCUGCCUUCACAAGACACGACCGGCACCCUCAAUCCCUGCGACACGCCCAUUCGUUCCCGACGUCACUACCUUUCUCACCCUUAUCGGCCGUGGCCUCUCCAAGCACGCCAGCAAGUUCCCGUCCUGGGACGCACUAUUCUCGCUGACGUCGCCAGAGCUCAAGGAGCUGGGCAUCGAACCCCCGCGAAACCGCAAAUACCUGCUCCAGUGGAUGGAUAGAUAUCGCCGCGGCGUUGUCGGUCCAGGCGGCGAUUUCCAGUUCGUCCAAGAUGGCGAGGCGCUUCUCAAGGUAGCCACACCACCUGCGUCCGACAUGAGCGAUGCGAAAUGGGUUGUCAACGUCCCUAAAGAGAACGAGGCGGCUGCCGAGGCCUCACCGACAACGCUUCCCAGACCUAACGGAUAUACUGUGCGCGGCUUGCGCUCGAUAGCAGGACCGUUUGCCCAGGUUCUGCCUGGCCGCGAUGGAGCCAUUGUUAAGGUUACUGAGGGCAUGUGGGAGCAGAAGCAAGGACGCAAGAUUGAUGGCGGUGAGCGCAGAAGGGCUGAGGUCCAGUUCAGAAAGAGAGCUGCGGAGCGCAAAGCACGACGUGAUGCCGAGUCGCUGGCGAGACUGUAAAUUAGAAAGAUAAUCGGGACCCUUUUGCAUUAGGAUCAGCAGGAUGCCUGCUUUGUACAUCAUCUGUAAUUUCACCAAAAAGAAUUCAUUCAAGUUUAUACAGACG